UGACUGUGGCUGGUGUCUGUGUCGGCAUUCGUGGCCGACAAUUACCCGGUGGAUCUCCAAAGCAUUUGUCCGGUCCAGCCCAGAAAAGUUGCAUACACGCGCCUGGGGAAUUCCAUCCAACGAGAUACACCACCCCAAUCGCGUGCACCCUCUGCGCUCCAACAUGAGCAGGACACUCUUUCGCUCCGCCGCGCCGGCGCUGCGUGGUGCCAUUGUCCCGCCGUCCAUCCGCCUGGCGACGCCCUUGCUGGCCCGCGCCUUCAACACCACAGCUCCCAUCGUCGAGCCCGUGCCACCGGAGCAGCAGCACAUCAACAACGCCGCCAACCCUACCGCGCACCAUGUCCGACCGCUCGCCUUCAAAAAGUCACACCCGGCCCCGCCGCCGGCGCCCAUUGAGGACUCUGUCCGCAACCUCCUGCCCUUCCUGGCCGCGCAGCCCGGUCACUACAUCACCGUCCACAUCCACGGGUUUCCGUACCUCGUGCAAGAAGGCGACGAGAUCCGUCUUCCGUUCCGCAUGCCGGGCGUCUUGCCCGGUGAUUUGCUCCGGCUGAACCGCGCCAGUGUCAUCGGUAGCAGGGAUUACACCAUGAAGGGAGCACCUCACAUUGACGAGAGGGUGUUCGAGUGCCGGGCCACAGUCACGGGGACAGAGAGCGAACCGCUGCGGAUCAAAAUCAAGAAGAAGAGGAGGCAGAGGCGGGCGAGGCGCGUGCACAGCAAGCACCGCUACACAAUCUUGAGGAUAUCGGAACUGAACAUCAAGAACGCGGAUAAUGUGGAGCUGUAAUGUCAGGGAUGGUACGACAAAAGUGUACAAAAGAAAGGAGCUCCUCGGGUUUCGUCGUGCAGAUACGACAAAUCAGAAGCUCCAAAUGUAUGUAUAGUAGGGUCAUUGGGCAUUGCAAUUGAGAGAAGCAUA